GAGGCAAAUCGAAUGGCGAUUUACUCCCGGAGGUUCUUUUCUUCUACGCCAACUUCAUCCUCCUCUUUGUCUCAAAUCUUCGCGUUUGGGCCUCAUUUCCGUCUUGGUCAUCAUCUUAAAAAGCCAAACACAAAUGGAUGAGCAUGCAUCAUGAUGGCCAACAUUCAUAGGUCAAAGUGGUGACGCCAGGGGACGGAGGAGAUGGUUCGAAACUCGUUUCUGUCGCUCGCUACUAGCAAUACUACUACCACUACUAUUAGCACUAGUAUUACUAGUGGGCUCUUUUUCCGCCUCAUUCGUUUCGUCCAAACAAAGUAACGUUUGAACUGCUCAACUCGUUUCGUCGUUUCGUCGUCGUGGCUGUUCUUCCUUGUUCAUCACCGAGUUUGAAUGAAUGUACGAUAAGAUGGCGUUUACCGACCAUUCUCAUAGUCCAGCAGAAUAACUUCCCCAUAUUGCUCUUGGAUAGAAAUUGCGAUAUGUUGGUGGCAGAUUGGUGAAUAUUAUCAUAUGUACAGUAUAUGUUUCGGACAGCAAAGAUGUACGGUGAAUUUGUCAGGUGAACUUGUCAUGGAUACUUUUGUCAAUGUCUCGAACCCGCAAACAUUUGUCUGUCUCUGUUCUUUGAGCGAGGAGUGCUGGGCGAUACAAAUGGAAAACAGUUGUAUCCAGAAACAACGGCAGCACCGUCACACAUCAUUGAAAAGCCUCGUUUAGAGGCGCUUUGAAUGCCUAUCGCGAAUUCCGUGAGGGGUGCCAUUUGUGGUUGCAAAUGCAAUCGGAAUGGUAUGAUGGGAUUGGAUGCUCGUCGUCGUUUUCCUUAUCCGAUAUCCAUGACUAGUCUGUCUGUCAGAGACGCAGAAGACGAAGAAGCCCAUGAAGAAGACCAUGAAGAAGAUGGAGGAAGAGACCAUGACCACGGACGGAGCGAGAAGAAGCUAAACUCGAUUUUGAAGUGCUAAAGAUGUUGCCGCCACGACCAACGGAUGUUUCCGGGUUUUCGUAAUCCACAAAUCUGUGCCGCUCAAACUGCACUGACCGAAUUCGGCCGAUGUCAGUUAAUACCUGUAGGAGCGGAGAUGCUCAGAGGGGCGUAAUACCACUGGAUUCCCAGGAAUGGUUAUUUUUUUGGGUGAUCAGAAACGUCCUUAAUGGCUUGGGGAGGGGGAAAUCCACUCAGCUUUGGGGGUCGAAUUCUUUCUCACAGUGCACAACUAGUCUGGAAUCCGGUUUUCUUGGGACGUGGUUGAGUUACGCGUGAAAUGUGGCAUGUUCUCCUAUUAAGUAGGCUAGGCUAAAGGGCCAUGACCAGUUUCAAAGUGCAUCAUGGGUUGAGGCUCCUCGUUAUCCAUACUCAACAAUGCUGAUUAAAGAUCGUUGUAAUGUUGAAGAAGCCCAGGGCUCCGACAACGGAAGGUGAAGAUGAUGCGAAACAAGGACAGUUACGGUCAAAACCAGAGGCUAAAGAGUCUAUGAACGGCGGCAUUGGUCAGCCUGGACACCAGAUCCAAUGGAGAAGAAGAGCUCAAAGCUCAAAGUGAGUGCAUAUCUACGUACGUAGAUAGACGGAAAGAUGGACGUAGGAGCAACGCUCAGGAUUGGCUGUUCAAUGGGACAGUCGGCAUGGCUUUUUCACACAAUCCAAGCACUCGAGGAAAUACCGAAAGAGACGAAAAUUGGAUGGAAGAAUCUUCCUAGAAUCCUACCCCAAGUGACGGAUAGACGGAUGGACGGAUGGAUAGAUGGUUGGAAGGAUGGCGGAUGGGCAGAAAAACUUGUUGAAGUUCCUCAUGUCAGGGCUUUGGGCAAUUGUCCAAUUUGUCCUCGGCGAAAGGUGACCGGAUUGAUGCUUCACUGUCCCUUUUCACGAUACUUUUACACAAUGGUUAAAAUGCCUUAUCAAGUUUUGACGGAAAGGAUCGAACAUAGAUUGGCAUUUCCAGCCUGCAAAAUGGAUCACAUCCAAGAGGUUCAAGACAAAUGGGAAUCGAUUGAUGAUGAGAUUUGGGCCAAGAUCAUAGUCCUGGAACGGAACCGUCGGGUGGCCAAGGCCUAUGCCCGUGCUCCCGUUCUCACCGUGAACGGCUCAGAUGACGGAUUUGACGGUUUCCGCAUCGGUGUGUCGGGUUUCGAUAAUCCCAUGCGAGAUGCGACCACCCUCGAUAUCAUCGCCCGCAUUGGACAGGGCUUCAAAUUGAAAAUGGACGAUGUGGGGAACAUCCUGAUCAAACGGAUCUCCAAGGGGGGUGUUCGGGUCAAGAACACAAACGAGGAGAGUGCGGUCAGCAACGAUAUCCUGAAGUUGCCGGCAGGAUUGCUGGAAAGUGAUAAGCCAUUUAAGGUUUUUGACAUGAAGAAAUUCCAACAGAACAUGAACAGAGAGCUGAAACGUCCAUACCCCGACCGUCGCAAAUUGGAGGCGCAAUGCAUCAGUGUGAUUUCAUUUGGACACUCCAAUGAGGCCGAGAUCUUGCACACACCCAUCUGGAUCCUAAUUAUCAACAUUGUCGCGAUUGAAAUGCUCAGAUCAAAGCUUCCGCCUGCUCCUCGCAUGCGACCCCGCUCAAUGGAGCCCCGGUCAUUGAUGACCAUCUCCACCAACCAUGCUGCUACUCGACCAUUUGGAUCCGGAUCCAGUGAUGAAGAUCCCUAUUCGGUGGCAGGAUCAGGAUCCAGCGGAUCCAGUGGCGGCAAUGGGAAUCGCUCUCGAUCCAGGGACAAGCCACCUAAGUUGCCCCCACGAGAUACAGCUAUCUACGGGCCCAGUUUGUGGGCCAAGCCCGGAGAAACCAUGAAGAACGCCAAGAACUUGGACAAGCGUGGUGAUGAUCCGUACUAUUGCGGCCUCCGAGCCAGAAUCCCCAACUUCGUCAAAUCGAAAACCGGUGGCGGCACGAAGAGCAAAUCCAGCAAGAAGUCUUCCACGGACAAGAACCGCAGCCAUUCGGAAGGACCCUUGUCUCUGCCGCCCCAGAUUCCAUCCCAUCCGUUCUGGUGGCACUCGAGGCUCUACAAUGACUCGGUUGGGCCCAUGAGUCUCGCUUCCAAUGAUCAUCAGACCAGCACCACUGGAUCCACAUCGAUUUCCAAUGGGACCAACUUCAAAAGGAAUCCAACCAAUUUUGUGCCAUACAUUACAGAUUCCUCUGACUCCGAUUACUCCCACAUUUAUGGUAGAUUACCAAUCCCAACUCGUUCUGGUGUUCGGAAAUUUCCAGCCAAGCCGCUGUUUCUGAGCCAAUGGGAGUGAGGACUACGAAGAGGCCGAGGAUUUGUCCUACUGAAAAAUGGCCUCAUUCUCUUUCUGGGCCUUGCGUUGACCCGUUGCUUCAGCAAACAUCGAACAGAAGUACCACCCAUCCUCAGCCUGACUAGAGAGCCCAAUUCUAUACAAAGUAUCGUCGUACCAAGGGUCCUUUAAUCAUAUCCUGCUCAGAUUGUAAACUAAGGAAAUAACAAGACGACGAAGAAGAUGAUGAGCCAGGAUGCGUCUUGCCCUAGUCAAACAGGCGUGUGCUCAAAACUUAAAACAAGCCUACGAACUCGUGUUCUGGAAGUGGGAUGAUCCUGUUGAAAUUUUCUUCGUCUAUUGCCCUCUUUUCAUUCGUCACAUCAGCUUGUUAGCGAGGUGAUGCUCCAUCCCCCUUCCCCCCGUUCUGCCACUCAAUCGCCACUCCAUUCUAUCUUGAAAUCGUAGGUCAUCUUCGAGAUUCAACUCCUCCCUCCUCAUUCUUUUUUUUCCUUUUAUCCCUCCUUUUGUACAUACUUCAUGAUGAUGAUAAUGAUGCUAAACAGAAAUCACCUUCUAUUAUUUAUUAUUCUGACCUUUAGUGGGUUUGGUCCCUCCUUUUUGUCUUCUGUUCCCCUCACGCCCUAAGUUCACUUCCCCUGAUCACCUGCUUCAUAGAGGGCGGUGCUCAAGAUUGUUGGCCCGGUUCUAUUCUUGUUACUGCUUUGUAUGUACUACUGUUUCAAUCACUUAUCCCAUACCCUUUCCUUUACCCUCUUGUUCUUCCUCGGUCUUUUAUUUUCUUUCAUCCCCUUAUUAGCCGAGGAAUGAGCUCUCACGUGACGUGUGGUGGUCACUUAUUUUAUGGUGAGCUUAGCGCUCCUCGUGUCUACCCUUUCCUCAUAAAAGAAAACAAUAUAUAAAGUCAUAUAAAUACAUCGCCAACAUCCGAAUUUCA